AUGGAACGUAUGAAUUACAGACGAAAACGAUUCUUGAGUGAAUCCGAACUAAAAAUGAAUCCUCUUUCUCUUUCUCAGAAGUUUCGUACUGAAGCGAAUUCCACCAAUGCCAAUCGUUUCACAUUAGAUGUUAUUACUGAUCAGCUGGUGAUUUUCGAGCGAAACGAGAAGAAUCAAAUAGGAUCACCCGAAGUGUCACGCGUAUCAUGCGAGGUACUACGAAAUGGGAUUUUUUUGCAAACUGUAGUCUUCAUUCUUCUAACAGGUUUCCUUCUAACUAUCAUUUUCACUCAGCAACUUUGUUACAAUAAACGCAUUAUCAAAUGUGGUCUUGUUCCGAAAGGAAUGUUGAGAGUGGUAAAUUUGAAAGGGGUCCUGUAG